UAAAGCUGUUAAGAUCCAUGGAAACCAUAUGAUCUUUGUAUCUUUGUUUAUCAUGUUUUUUUCCAUCCGAUCAUUUCUUAUCGAAAUAACAUUGUCUUCCUAAAUCUAAACAAUUAAGUUUACAUCAAAAAGUGCCUUUAAUUGUCUUUCAAUAAUACUCGAUUAUAAAUCAAGCUUAAAUGGUUCUUUCCUUGAUAUUUGUUCAAUUUGCUCACCUUCCAGUUGAAACGUGUUAACCGUUUUUCAUUAUUUUUGUUGUCUGUCCAAAUAUUAAACACUUACUAAUGGAUUCACCACGGGUUCUUUCAAUUCAAAGUCAUGUUGUCCAUGGUUAUGUCGGAAAUAAAAGUGCAACCUUCCCUUUACAGGUUCUGGGAUUUGAAGUUGAUGCUAUCAAUAGUGUACAAUACACUAAUCACGUCCAUUACAAAGUAACAAAAGGACAAGAGCUUUUUGGAAAUGAUCUGGAUGACCUCUUCAAAGGAAUCAAUGGAAAUGAAUAUGUUGGCCAAUAUACUUAUUUACUAACAGGGUAUUGUCGAUCGGCGUCAUUCCUAUCUAAAGUUGUGGAAGUAGUUACCGAGAUGAAAAAGAUGAACCCCAAGCUCAAAUAUGUUUGUGAUCCUGUUAUGGGUGAUAAUGGAAAAUUUUACGUUUCUGCUGAUCAAGUUCAAAUCUAUCGGGAACAAUUGUUACCAUUAGCUGAUAUCAUAACUCCCAAUCAGUUUGAAGCUGAAGCACUCACUGGCAUUAAAAUAAACAACACUGAAGACAUUUCCAAAGCAAUUGAAAUUUUACACUCUAAAGGUGUUUCAUGUGUUGUGAUCACCAGCACUGAAAUCUCAGAUGAUAAAACAUUAUGCUGUUAUGCCAGUCGACUCAAUGGGGAUAAAAAUGAACGGUUUUCAUUGGUGUUUCCCAAAAUUGAUGCCCGAUUUGUCGGCUCUGGUGACCUUUUCGCUGCUCUUAUGUUGGCUUGGCUUCACAAAACUGAUUACAAUUUAAAAAUUUCAAUUGAGAAAACCAUUGCCACCAUGCAAAUAAUACUCAAAAGAACCUACGACUAUGCAUCCGAAAUUGGCAAAUUUGAUGACGAUUCACUAGAGCUGAAGAUAAUUCAAAGCAAAUCGGACAUUGAAGAUCCAAAAAUAUCGAUUGAAGCAACUCAAAUAUCUCAAACUUGUUAGUUGGAAGCAAAAGUUAAAUUGUGGAUCGCUUGUUGAUUAUUGGAACGUUUUCUGAGUCUUGUGUGAUGUUUGGUUAUAAUUUAUAGUUUAUAUUUUAUUAUUCUUUGAUUUGAUAACUAUUUAUUAAUAGUAUCAAGUAGAACAAACGUUCAAUUUAAUUGUAAUAUUCGCUAUCUUGAUGGUGGUGGUAAGGAAAAAAAGCCAGACGCUAAAGUAUAAACACUGGUUAUACAGUUAUAAUUAACAUAUCCGCUUGCAUAAUGUGUUGAGUUGAACAAUUAAAGAUUGUUAAAGUUAUGUGAAUUCUGUUUCAAUACAUAGACUGAAUUUAGAUGAUUUAUCUUGUAUUUCUAGAUGGAUCGUAAUUGUUAAUGAAUAAUGAAAAUCGAGACUGAUGAACAAAAUGUUAUGGCUUAUGGACAAAAAUAAAGUGAAAGUAUUACUGACAUUAAA